AUUACCGCUGAAGAUGGCGGAAAAACAACUGAAAUCUCCCUAACAGCACCUGAAAACAUGUCCAAAUUUUGAUUAUUUUGGAAGAAAAAAUAUCGUUAUAAAGAUGCGGAGAGGACCAGGAGGAGUUGGAGCAAUUAACAGACAACGUUUGGCGAGGGUAACUUCAGUCCAGCCCCGAAAAAAUUAUCAGAAAAAAACCUGACUCAUUUUGAUGUACUCCUUGCUAAACAAGUCAGCACCCUUAAUUUUUUUAAUUUAAAAUCUUCACUCAUUUUUUUUUUUUCAGGAGAAGUAUGCUACAAAGGGAACAGAAAUAGCAGACAUUCAACUGUCCCAAGUAAUAACCAUUUUAUGUUUCUGAGAAUUUUGGUACUCUUCCUUCAUCAGCUCUUGGAAAAAAGGAUUUAGUUUAUUUAGCUAGGAGGAGUAUGCCGAUUUAAGUCCGUAGAAUAUCAAUUCCAUAUGAAUUGUUUUGUUUCCGUUAUGAAAUCAUUAUCGAAAUAUUUAAGUUAGCUAUCUCUUCUCAGAAAAUUUUGGCCAUGCCUUUUUACUUUUAGAUGGGGAAACAGCUAGAUUCCUUCAAGACAUCACUCGAAGACUUCGCGGGGAAGUACAAACAGGAGAUUAAGAAGAACCCUGAGUUUAGAGGCCACUUUCAGCAGAUGUGUGCUCGCAUAGGUGUCGACCCUCUGGCAUGUAAGCUAUAUGUAUGGCCGCUCUGGCCCAGUAGUUUAAAAAAAAAAUUUUCUUAACAAGUGGAAAACGUGAAAUUUGCUGAAGUUUUAUUCCAUUUUGUAGGCAUUUAUUCUUAAUUUUGUGUCUCAUCAGUUUUUCCUCACACUGAGGUAAUCCCUCAAGACUUAAUUUCUAUUAUAUACUUGUUUGAGGAUUGGAGAAACCAGGACAAAAAAUACGCAUUUACAUGUAUUAGGCAUUAGCAUCAUCAACACUCAGAACAACUGGGGUCUGCAAGGUAGAAAGCCACAUAGAGAACAGGUUGGAAAAACCUCUUAUUUCUAGUAGCACAAGUCAUCUCUGGAUUUGUGUUCAUACAUAUGAUGGAAUACCAUCAAACAGAGGGAAAACCAAGGCAUAUCGCUUCAACUGAAGAAACAUCAAGUUCUCAUACCACAUUUGCUGCCACUUGCAUUUCAGCAAGCAAAGGUUUCUGGGCAGAGCUGCUUGGUGUUGGAGAUUUCUACUAUGAGGUAUGUAGUCAGAUGAAACAUCAAAAACAAACUAAUGGCAAGAUCCUUUGCGAGGCACUCCUAACACACUAUUACCAAUACUUCAUCCAAUGGGAAAAGAGUAUGGCUCACAACACAAGACUUAUUAACAAAGGUGAAAAAUUUACAAAGACACAAAAACUGAGCUUAGCAAAAGGCAAAAGCUAAAAAAAAUUAUGUAAUAACUUGUAAUCCUAGAACCUAUAGAAGUUGUCAUUGAUGUCAUUGCAUGACGUAUGCGACCUGGUGUUACUUACUGGUGUCAAUAACUCCAAAGAAAACUGGUUAUCUAUUUUGCAAUCAAUAACCAUUGUGAAGUGCAACACUUAUUCUUUUCAACAGUAACUAAAACUACUGCAUGGUCAUCUUAAGUCGAAAUCCUCCCACAACUAUGAGUAAAGGAUAGUAACAUUGUUAUUAAACUGCCUUCAUGUUCUUCUUGUCUUAUUCUAAAUCAGCUUGGUAUCCAAAUUGUUGAAAUCUGCAUGGCAACAAGGUCACGGAAUGGAGGUUUGUGCAAUCCUUACAGGAUGUUAAAAAUUUCCUUCAUGAUAUGAGAAGACAUGUUCACAUAGCUAGUGUCAAGUUAGAUUGAAUGAUUUGCAAGUAAUACUGAACAGUACACUAUUAAUAUCCAGAAAUUUGUUGCAUAUGCAUUUGAGUCUCUAUAAGCAACAGAUAAAUAAAUAUUGUCUUCCCUUUUGAAUCUAUGGUGUGAAUGUUUAUAGCUGUCUUUUAACAUCUUAGGCCUGAUGACAAUGGAUGAGUUACACAAGAAAAUUCUCAAGACUAGCAAAUCUAGACAAGAUGUAUCUGAGUAAGAGUUGCAAGUUUACUUUCAAAGUAAUUUUUGGUUUACUUUAUUUUAAGUUUGGUGGAAGAAAUUAGGUAUUCUUGACUUAAUUAUGAAGAAGUCACCAUUUUGAAAAUGGGAGAUGCUGUGGCAUUUCAAUUUAAGGAUGAAAAACUUUGAAUUAUGAAUUCCAGAUCUGAGACUUGGCCAGGUUAAUUUUUGUGUGUUCUUGUGGAAAACACUUUACUAUUACAGUACCUUUCUCCACCCAGGCCAUCCAUGGGGAGCAGCAAUAGUUCUAGUGGCUUUAUUCUGUAGAAACCAGAACAAGCUUUCAUAGUGUUGCUCAUGAAGCUCAAAGGCUAACUUUGCUACCCUGUUCAUUCCAGGGAUGAUUUGGCACGUGCCAUCAAAAAGCUACAUGUAAUGGGAAGUGGCUUCCAGAUCAUACCGGUCGGUACCAAACGGCUUGUCCAAUCAGUGCCAGGAGAAUUGAGCAUGGAUCACACUGCUGCUCUUCAGCUCGCACAGGUUUGUAUUUUAAACCAUGCCAAGGAAAUAAAUUGGUAAAACUUGCUAUUCUCUCAUGAAGAAUGCAAAUUCAAUCAACAAAAAGCUUUUCUACUUGCCAUGGCAACCAAAAUGGUUGGUCUCUGUCAUGGACUUUUCCCCCCCCUCCCCUCUCAACACUUGCUAGAGACACCCCUGACCACACCUUACUGACCUCUGUUGGCUCUUGCCAUUAUUUUACUUGCCAUCUUUCACCCCUCCUACUCUUUGCCAAGCAUAUCCCUACACAUACGUAUUACUAUUUUUUGAAUUAUAUGACUGUAAUAUUUCAGUUUUCUUGUCUUAAUUGACCAAUGAUAUUUUGAGAAGCAUGGAUGAUAAUUUUCUGGCAGCAAAUGUCUGAAAGAAGUCUCCUAAAUUUGUUACCUUUGUAGCCAACUCUGUACUAAUUUGUUUCUCCAGGGUACAGGGUGCACAUCUGUAUCAUCCAUAAUGAAGGAUCUAGGAUGGGAUGCUGAUCGCACAAAGAGAGUUUUGGUAAGCUACAUAAAUGGGCACUUUUUGACUGAGUGUCUUGAUAAAGUAAACCCAAAUAAUCACAAUAACCAAUGGAAAGAAAGGAAAAUGCCUUAAAGAGCCAACAAGAACUCAAAAUAAAGCCAACCAAACCACCCUAAGCAAGGGAAUCGUUUAAGUAACUUCUCCAUACUUACUUACAAUAGAUCAUUAAAUCUGCUGGUCAUAUGGGAACAUGGAGAACUAUCUGCAAUUAUCAUAUGCCCUGAUUUUACACUUAAUUCUCAUUACAGGCAAGGGAAAUAUACUAGCCAGUAUCAAGAAAAAUAAAUUUGGGUUUUGGUUUUGCAGUUGUUAUUGUUGUUAUUUUUUAGGAUCACAUGGUUCAUGAAGAGAUGGCCUGGGUUGACGACCAAGCACCCAAUGAAAGAUUAUACUGGUUUCCAGGUCUCUUCCCAGAAACAUAGCCUGCUGAAUUGAAGCCAUAUAGAAGAAUUUCAAUUAAAUAUAAACCAUUGUGAACUUAAAAUAUCUAUUGUAGUGGCAAUUCCUGAGAAUCAGGUCAUAAUUCUUAAUAAUUUCCAUUGCGUCACUGUGUAAUUAAAUUACAAGACCAAUUUACAAGGUGGCAGUGUAUGUGGUGUUUUGCAAAUGACAAGGUAAUUAGUGCAAACAUUUCAUCCUUCUUAGAUGUCAGCUCUAAUUCAGAAUCACCUUCUGGUUACCAAUAAUUCAAGCUAUGAUCAGUGAAGGAUUCAAUUCAAUGCUACCUAUUUAAACUCCUUGAUGAAGAGGGAUACUGUGAGAGUGACAAGUAAACCAAGAAAGGGAUCAAAAUCAGCCAUGAUUACUCUGUCAAGAUCAUUGCAACCUGUCUAGAGACCUACCUGGAAAAUAUUUUUCAACAAAAUGCAAUAAAAUUUUGUUUGGGAUCCUGGCAAAGACAAUUGCUUAAAUUCUGAAACAAUUACAAAAAAACUUCUCUUUUCAGCCUAUGUACAAGUUGUAAAACUGUGUUUAAUUGUAAGUAUUUCCUAAUGCUGAAUCCAAUUUAGUUUAGGCAGUUAGCUCAGAUAAAGAGGGUAAGUUUCUAAAGAAACUGUGGUGCUGCAUUGGUGGGAGAGUAUAAUGGAGUUAUUUAGUAUUUUCAACCGAGUUAAUCAUGUAGAUUAGCCACCAUAAGGAGUUUCAAAGCUGAUGUUUCAAGCAUCAGCCCUCUGUCAUUCACUCUGAUAAAGAGCUAACACUCAAAAUGUCAGCUUUAAACCUCUUUAAGGUAGGUAGCUCAGAUAGUUUAGUCAGUUAUCUCAAUCUUACUUACAGACCCACCUUAACCCUUUUACUCAUGAGUGACCAAGACAGAAUUUCUCCUUACAAUAUCAAUAUAGUAUCAACCAAAAGAAGUGAUAAAAAUAAAGAAAAAUAUUAAUUUGGGGAUAAUUAGUUUAUCCAAUACUAAAUUCUCUGAACUAACACCAUAAGAAUUGUAUGGUUGACAAUAAGGAGAAUUACAAACUUGGUCAGGGAGUUAAGGUUAACCUAGCAGUGGCUAUUUGCAGAUCAGUCAAUGUAAUAUUGAUAAUUUGGAAACUGAAUAAAAACUGGAAGUUACAAGUAUUAUAGAUUGCCUGAAUGAGCUGCAGCAGAGAGGGCAUGGGGGAGCGUUAUCCAGUAUAUAACUGAUAAAGGGUGUCAAAGAAUUACCAGGC